GGCAGGCAGUUGGUCCAUUUGCCAAGUGUGUAUUGCAUGUGUUUGUCGUCGGCGCCGCUAUAAGCAUUCCACCAGUCAAAAGGGUACGAUUGGAAAGAAAUUCGUUUUUUUUCGAGAAUUAGCGAACAGUGGCAUCGAGGCGUCGUUGGAGCAUCCUAAAUCUGCACCAUCCUUGGCAGAAAAACAAGCUCAUUUUGGAGGAGAAGCGCAUCGCGGUGAAAUGUGUUGCUGUUGAUGCCGUACACCGCGUGCAGUACACAACCACACACACACCAUCACAGCACGCACGUUCCACGAUGGUGCUGCCCAACAUUCUCGUGACAGGAACGCCCGGCACGGGUAAGUCGGAACUGUGCCGGCAGCUGGCGGACAAGCUCGGCUUCCGGUGGCAGAACGUGAGCGAGAUCGUGACCGAGCACAAGUUCGUGGAGGAGUACGACGAGGAGUUCGAGUGCCCGGUGCUGGACGAGGACCGGCUGCUCGACCAUCUCGAGCCGCUGAUGCAGGAGGGCGGCUGCGCGGUCGAGUACCACAGCUCGGAGUUCUUCCCGGAGCGCUGGUUCGCGUCGGUCUGGGUCGUCCGCUGCUCGACCUCGCUGCUGUACGACCGGCUGCAGGCGCGCGAGUACGGCGAGCGCAAGAUCAAGUCGAACAUGGAGUGCGAAAUCUUCCAGAUACCGCUGGACGAGGCGCGGGACGCGUACCGGAAGGAGAUCAUCCACGAGGUGACGAGCGACACGGCGGCGGAUCUGGACGCGACGGUCGAGCGCGUGCGCGACUGGCUGGAGCAGUGGAAGGCGAAGCACAAUAAAUCGUAAACCCCCCCCCCCCCCCCAUCAAUUCAA